UUUUCCCUGUCUUUUCACUAGCAAACCUAUUCUACAAAAUUGGAUGGAUAACAGUUGUAUAAUUCAAACUUUAGGUUACAAUUCCUACCUAAGAUUGUCUGCCUGUAGAGAAGAUGAAAGGGUUUUCCAAAGAAAACCCUGGGGAUGAUUUCUUUUACGCCUACUCUUGCUUGUUUUACGAUAUGUACGUAAGGUUUCCCUUAGUGUGUUUCAGAUAGAUAUCUUAAAAACUUUAAAUGUUGCCCCUUCUCAAUUGCACCCAAACAAUUGAGGUUACAUCCAGGCAUUUGCCGUCAUGUGCCAAGCUUUAGCUCUUAGGCCGACGGCGACCCUGUUUCUUCAUUUCUUUAGAGCCUGACCCAUUGCUAAGAGAGGUUCGGUUUCCUUAAGUUUUGAACCUGGGAAUGCUAUCCUGGAAUUGUACUCCCAGUCUUUCAAAGGGUUUAAAAAUCAAUUCUUUAGGGUAACCAUUACCGAGUCAGGUCGCCCUUUUUUCUUUAAUGAUGACGAUAGUCCUAGGUUUCCCUUAUAUUGGACCUAGGACCCUCUCAAAUUCACCUCUUGGUCGAAGGAUAAAAUUACCACUGAUGAACUAGAAGCUUUGAAUGUUCUGAACGCGUCGCCCCGCCCCUUUUCUUCUUGGAAGAUCUUCAACUAUCUUGAGCACGAUGAUGUUAAUUCAAGGGUGUUUGCUAUUAUUGGGAAGAAAUCUACUAGUGAUUGGUUCAGUCUUCUUGACAAAGAAAAAUCAGUGGGGAACUUCGCGUGGUGGAUUGAGUGGUGCCUCUGUUCCAACACCCACUACUGAGAAUACUACCGUUUGGAUCAUGCCGAGCAACCACCCUCACCCGAGGUAGUCUUUGUGAGGAAACACAAGGUUGUUCAGUCCAUAGAAGACCCGAAGGCUUAUAAAAAAGGUAGAGACUUCGAAGGGCAGGUUGAUCUGCAAGCCGAUCAUGCCAUACCCAGCGGAAUGUGGGAUCCGGCUUUAAACCUUGGCCACAAUAUCAACUUUAAUUUUGACGAAGCCGAGAUGAAAGUCAUCGAGGGUACGUUUAAGCAGAAGAUGGCAUAGACUUGCUUGGAACUUGCCUGCUAUACGGCUACAGCUGCCUGGACCCUGGCCUAUGCCUUCAAUAGGGGUAAUUUGAGAGUCGAACGGGAACAGGUAAAAGAGCAAUUGAACGAGGUUACUGUUGUUCACUCUCACUAUGACCAAAAGCAAAAAAACGCUGACAAGAUGAUAGUUGAGGGUCGCUCGAUAAUGGAAAAUCUGCGAAGAGCCUGUGUUGAAGAGAAGAAGACUCGGGAUCAACUUGUCGCUGACCUGGAGGGCUUGAAGAGAGAGAAUCUCGAGCAGAAAGAAAUCGUAGUUGCGCUAAUAGAAGAGACGGACACCAUGCGUUGGACUGUUGCCAAGGACCAAAAGUUGAAAGAGGAGAUGGGAGAAGCUAUCAUCCUAGAGCAUACCCGGGGUUUCAAGAAGGCCCUGAGACAGGUGUCUCAUCUUCUUAACGUAUCCACCGACGGGGUCAAGUUUGAUCCAAGGAAAGACGUUUACCAGGGUCAGCUGGUGCCGUUAGGGGAUAUUCCUGCAGGUACCUUUCUUGAUGAUGAGCCCGCCGAAAUGGGGAAUGAAUGUGGGAUUAUCAUAGUGGCAGCUGUUUCUGGUGAAAUGGGAAAGGAAAAUCCUGCAACUCCUUCUACCACUGAUGUCGUCAUAGUGAAUAUUAGCUAGGAUGGUUUAAAUUGUUUGAACAUUUGACAUUUGUAUAUGCCUUUUACUUUUUGUUUUGACAAACUUCGUACUCACCAUACUAAUAACCUUUGUAUGGGAUACCCCUCAUGAUAUUUGCAUGAUGUUAAAUGUUUGUGAACCUUUUUUGAGUUUUGACCUAGAUCGCGCUAUUGGGAGUUCGUUUUAGGACUUUUUCCCAUGUUAAUUUGAUGCUAGGUUUAAACAUGUCUUAGACGAGGAGGUGGUCCCCUGAAUUGGACACACUUGUGUGUUCAUGACCCAAAAAGGGGGUGCUCUCCCUUACGUUCGGGCAUUUAAUGACCGUAAGGGAAUGUAUCCCUUAAUUGGAUGCUCUUGACGCGUUCGGGCACUCAAUGACCCUAGGGAAUGUAUCCCUUGAUUGGACGCGCUUGACGCGUUCGGGAAUUCAAUGACCCUAGGUAAUGUAUCCCUUGAUUGGACGCUUUUGAUGCGUCCGGGCACUCAAUGAC